UUGCGAGCAAUCGACCAUUGAUUGGCAUGCAUUGUUUAAAGAGCUUUCCCAAAGUGGGCGAGGAUGGUCAAUAUGAAGUCGCAUUGACUGCUUAUACGAAAAGGUUGCAAACUUCACGCUAAUCUUGGCAAAACAGGAUUUACUUUUGUUUCUGGCCGGAGAAAAGAGAAAAAGGUCAAACUAUUAUCAAGGGAUUACUCGGUGUGUAUUCCAUAAUCUUCUGAACCCAAUCAAUAAAGGACAUAGGAUAUGAUGUGUAUUGUGUUUUCGUACGUUAGUCUCUGAUAGUAUUGGACAUAUCCAUAUCGAAAAUGCGAAGAUCGAAGACAAGCAUCCCUACCAAACGUCACCGACCCCGCCGAUUGAUGUCUGCGAUGACGUCAUGGAUGGACGAUGACAACCUUAGUUUGAGUUUUAACUCCAACACUACGCAGACGACCCGGUUUAAGGAUUUUGAUGGAGCAUCGCUGGACAAUGUUAUAAAAACUGUUCUGAAUCAGCAACGACAAGAUAUAUUGAACAAGAGACAGGAAGUUUUUGGCACUGCAAGAUAUGUUGCCGAACGCAUGCUCCUUUUGACGAAUGGCCUUCAUUCUUUGUUCCAUCGUUAUAUCCGGACUAAGAAGAAUGGAUUUGUCGACGUUCUGGACUUCCGAGCUCUUGACCCGUGUGUGUUUCAGUGCUGUGUUGCACUGAAACGCCCCAUUAGGCCUCAAACAUUUAUGUUUUGUCAAAAACGACCACGAGAAUAUCCAAGUCAUAGAAUGUUACUAUGUAUAAACGACACGAUUCCAAAAGUGGAGCGGAUCCAGGUUCAACACGAAUGGGGGCACUGUGUUGAUAGGCAUGGCGUGAUACGACCAGACUUUGUUCUGCGAUGGUUUAACAAAGGUCUUGAGAUGACACGUGAAGCGGUCAUGAGCGAAAUCGUUUACAUGUUCGAUGAACCAGGGCCGGUUACGUUUGAUCUCUGUUCCUACAUUUCUCAAAAGGAUGGAACUUUGUGGUUAGAAGUUACAGAACUUUUAGAUGGAACACCGACAAAGGAUUUCAGAGUCAAUUUCAUUCCCUGCAUACCUUUACAAGAAAUCCCUAAGCAACUAUCGCUACCCAUUCCAAUCCCUAACCGUAGACCUUACUUCGAAACAAAUUCUGAUAUGCGAUCAACAAUCACGAAGGCUAUAGACAAAGGGGUGGAACUGUUCUUCCUAGAGGCCAGGGUGUUCAAGUGGGAUCUCAAAACAAAAUUCGAUCCUAGCAUCGCCAUAUCGUGGCAAGUCGGUUCCGGACCACUAGAAGACCGUGCUUACAAAAUCAUUUCCGGAAUGAACACUGGCACACACUUUGAUAACAUAAUUCUGAUCAUCGGCAAGAUGAAGCGGGAAAACCAGGAGGCAUUUAUAUCAAUAUCGUAUCGUAUGAUAAUCCAUGCCAUUUUACAUGUUCACAGGCGGUGUAUGGGUCAGCUCCAUAAAUGUGAAGAGUGGUUACUUGCCGUCUUAGAGUUUCUUUUGUCCCAGCUUCGGAACAGAUCCGCGCCAUCUUUCUUCCUGAACAAGCUUGAUUUUUUAAGUGAACGCGACCGAAAAGGCACUGAAAAGACAGAAAAGGCCUUGAGAAUUAUUAUACGCGAUCUCAGGUCAAAUCCAGAGGCUAUGUACAGGAUCGUGAGGUACGAAUCUCCGAAAUCUUAUGACGAAAGCGAAGACGAGGAGGAAUUUGAGGAUGAUGAAGAAGAUGCAAAAGAGGAGGAAGAGGAUGAACCUCCCGAAUCGUCAGACGGAAAGCGAUCUUUCGAGGAAGACUGCCAAUUUGAAAGUGAUAAUUACAUUACCGACGUCACGAGGGCAGACGACUCACUGGAAUCGGAAUCAGAUGACAGAAAUUGGGCUCCAGACGAUAGCAAUGAUGAAAGUAACUUAGUAACCAGUGAUACGUUGUCCAAGGAAGACGAAAUACCAGUGGCGUAUGAAGAAACAGAUACUUCGGAACCUUACAUGGAUGAGGAUAUAUCGAAAAGGCGAGGAUAAGCGACAUCAAAUCAUUUCUAGACAAUAACAAAUUGAACGAAUACGGAAUAUUAUUCUGUCUGAAUAUGCAAUGUAAUUAUUCCAUUUUUAUUGUAAUAAAUAUUUUAUUUUACAA